AUGGCAAGUCACCCAGCAGACGAACCUACCCCGCAGCAUGCCAUCGAGCACACCACCCGGUUGCUCACAGUGGAGGACGAUGAUAUUUCCACUGAUCAUGUCCGGCCCACGCAUGAUAUGGAAGAAGAGUCCGGUGUGGAUAUCUCUGUCGCCUUGACAGCCACGGCCAGGAGGCUGUACGUUUCACACUUCCUCUCAACGUGGAACACGCGUGUGUUCGAGUUUGGAGCCGUUUUGUAUCUGGCGGCCAUCUUUCCCGGGACGCUGCUGCCAAUGUCGACCUACGCUCUGUGUCGUGGCUUGUCUGCUGUGGUCCUUUCUCCAGCGGUAGGGCGGUACAUUGACUCCGGCGAGCGACUCCACGUCGUUCGGACAUCGAUCGUUGUGCAGCGUAUCGCAGUGACUUUGUCUUGCGCUCUUCUUUGGUUGAUGGUUAUUGGCGUGGCCCGUCAGCGAUGGCUCAAAAUAGCCAUGGUCGGAGUGCUCUCCUUGACCGCUUGCGUGGAGAAACUAUGCUCCAUCAUGAACCUGGUAGCAGUUGAAAGAGACUGGGUGGUUGUUGUCGCAAGAGACUCAGCGCCAGCUUUAAGGACCCUCAACUCACAGAUGCGUCGAAUCGAUUUGCUCUGUAAGCUUGUUGGCCCUUUUGCCGUCUCUUUAAUCGACGGAUAUUCGACCGAGACCGCGAUCCUCGUCAAUCUGGGCAUGAACUUGCUCUCACUGCCAUUAGAGUAUUAUGCAAUUAGAAGGGUGUACAGGAGCACGCCAGCCCUGCAACUGUCGGAGCCGAGAAGCAUCGAGGCGAACGAGGUACAAUCAUGGAGUCAGUCACUCAUGCAGGUCCGCAAGCAGCUAUGCGUAUAUUUCGGCCAUCCCGCGAUGAGACCAUCCUUGGCGGGGGCGUUGCUCUAUCUGACGGUUCUUUCCUUCUCUGGCCAGAUGGUGACUUAUCUCCUGGCCGUCGGUUUUACGUCUAUACACGUAGCUAUAGCAAGGACCAUAUCUGUCAGCUUCGAGAUCUCGGCAACGUGGCUCGCCCCAUGGGUCAUGAGUUGCGUGGGCUCAGUACGAAGUGGUAUCUGGUUCCUCAGUUGGCAGAUGCUGUGCCUUGCUGCAGGAGUCACGGCGUUCAGCCUCACCGGCGACCCUGCUUGGGCUGCUAUUGGGCUCGUCAUCGGCACGAUUCUCAGCCGUGUGGGUCUAUGGGGUUUCGAUCUGUCAUCUCAGGUGAUCGUGCAGGAAGAGGUCCAAGCAGAAUAUCGCGGCUCGUUUUCCUCUAUCGAAGCAUCACUGCAGAACGGCUUUGAGCUAUGUUCCUUCGCGGCGACAAUGGUCUUCUCGCAGCCUGAGCAGUUCCAGUGGCCGGUGUUACUAAGCUGUAGCGCCGUCUACGUGGCGGGCGUGCUUUAUGCUUGGUUUGUGCGGGACAGACGAGGCCACCUGGUCCACUUCUGCGAGCGAACGGAUUCAAAGAAAAGAAUAUGGCAUACCACGCACCGCCGCACUGGGCUGCUGAGUGACGAUUGA